AUGCAAGCCAAACCCGCUCCAUCUCAAGCACCCCCCACUCGCAAGACCGGUUCUCCUCCCCCCAAGGCAGAUGUGCGAUCUCAGACACCUGCGUCAAGAGCAGGAUUGCAAGGCCCCCCAAAGGCCACUAUCCGUUCAUCCCAUCGCCAACGUCGUUCAGCUGCAAAUGCGCAAGAAGCAGGCCUAUUCCCCUCAUCUGAAUUGCAGCCGCUCAAAGCUACUGCCACAGGCCCGGCUUCCUCCCAGCCGAAUUCGGCGACGUCGAUCACUUCACAUGCCGCUUCUGAAAAAGUGCCCCCUUCAACUCAACGUGGUCUAAAUGCUCAGCGCAAUGCUGAGCUGACAAGCAUGCCAGAGGCCAAAUCAGGUCCUGCCCCAUCCAAGCCGUCAUCGGUGCGCUCGCCAUCAAGGCCUGGUGCUGUCAACCCAGCUCAUGCCAAGACGCACGAGAAGCCAGCUGAUCGUGCACGUAUCGCAGCAAGAGAGCUCCCAGCAGCCGCACCUGUCGCUCCUUCAGCGAGUUCGGAGCAAGAUGCAAAGACGCAUGCCAAGAUUCCGAGUGUCUCGGACGUCGACAAUGCGUGGGGCUGGGGCGAUUCGGCCGAAUUUGAACAAGAGACAGAGGCAGAUACAAAUGCAGCCGCAGCUGUGGGUGCUGAGGAUGACGACGCAUGGGGUUGGAACGAUGAUCAGGAUGCGGAUGUGCAAGACGACGUGUAUGCACACGAUGCCUAUGCCUCCCAGGAAUACGUUCCUGCGCCACCAAGCACCGCAGGUGUCAUGGAAAAUGAUCCUAUGCAAGACCGGGGCAAAGCAUCCGUGCCGCUGGCUGCAUUUGGGAUUGGUGGAAAGUUGGCGAUCUACUUACCACUUGCCGUCGCAAAGGGCGAUGCGUUUGACUACUCGAGUCCACACAUGCAACGGAGUGUGAAGAUUCACUCGCUUGCACAUCUCGUGGGAGCGCGACCGUUCUCGACUCUCGACAUGCACAAGUUCCCAGGCCCUCUCUUCGAAGGAACACGUGUGAACCACAAGCAGAAGAAAGCCGACACAAUCCGAUACUUGCAUGAGCAGAUCAGUGAAUCGGCCAGUGGCAUCGGCUACUUGCGGCGCAAGUCUGUUAUCCACUCUACGGACGACAGCAUGCCGCAGAGUGACGUAAAUGAUUGGCGCCGUACAGAGGACAAGGUUCUUCUUCUCAAGCUGCUGGUGCUACUGCUCGAGCACGAUGGCAAGCUAGCUGACGACCCGGCACAAAUACCGACAGUCACCGAUCUGUUGCAGGGGCGCAGCGAAGCGACAGACUUCGGCGCCUUUAAUGUGCCGACGUACUCACGAGCAUCGUCGCAAUCUGCAACGAAACGUCCAAUCCGGACCUAUACGCUUCGUCAGGGCUUCUUGGAAGAGCUUCAGACAAUCUUGCAGGAAGGCGACCUGCCACGAGCCGUGGAUUUGGCUUUACGCGAACGCAUGUGGGCACAUGCGAUGGUUCUUUCUCAGCAGUUGAACAAAGAGACUCGCGAUCGUGUUAUGUCAGAGUUCGUGCAUCACGAGCUGGAUGACUCAGAUGCCGACGAUGCAUUGCGCAAGGACUACACAAGCAUCAAGGUCGCGUAUGGCCUAUAUACAGACCAGACGCCUGAGCAGAUUGCCGAACUAUUCCGCGGACCUUCUCAGCUCUCGCCCGAAGCACAGCAUGUACAAUGGCGCCAGGCCGUGGCGACGCUCUUGUCGAACCGCGGCUCGCCUAAUAGUCAGACCACCGUGCUCUGUGCCAUUGGCGAUGGUCUCAUGACUGCCGGCCUGCCUGAGGCUGCGCAUGUCUGCUAUCUUCUCGCGCAUCAGCAUCGCGCAUGGAUCAAGAUGCCGGAGAAGCCGUUCCUCAUGCUGGGCACUGUGUCAGGUGCGCCUGUGCAUACUGUGCUGAAUGACAUGGAUGCGUUGCUGAUGACGGAAGUACUUGAAUAUGCGUACUCACUUUCGCACCCAAGAAACGCCGAGCCGUACGUGGGUAUUCCAGCUCUUGCUCCCUAUAAGAUAGUCAUGGCGGCCGUGUAUGACGAACUCGGCGACUCAGCACGUGCCAAGAAGUACUGUGACGCGCUGAUCAACCUGACUCAGACCAAAGGCGCGCCUCCUCUGCUGACGCCGAUGCUACAGACGGAGCUGCAUCAGCUGAUGAACAGACUCAAUGGCACGCACGUUCAUGGCGAGACACAGUCAUGGAGCAAGAAACUACAGCGCCCGACGUUGGAUGGUGUCUGGGGCGCUCUCGAGGGGCGGUUGACGAAGUUUAUUGCUGGUGAAGAAAGCGCUGCGCAGGAUCAAUCGAAGAGCAAAAGCCAGGAGUCAGCUGUUGGUGCAUUCACGCACUACAGUGCAAUUACGCCAGAAGUCGCUUCUAUUGCAUCUGAGACUCCAAGGCCUUCCGUCCUCGGCGACACGCCAACGGGAGGCAGCUACUCGGCUGAUGCGUAUGGCGAAUCUUACGUGCCGCAAGAACUGUCCGAACCAGUGACGAGCGAAUAUGCAGAAGAACCGUACCGGGGCAACUAUGCUGAGGGAGACUAUGCAGGAGGCGAGUACGCUGAAGGCGACGAUCAAGCCGAUUAUGCUGAGGGAGACUAUGCGGGAGGCGAGUACGCUGAAGGCGACUAUCAAGCCGAUUAUGCUGAGGGAAACUAUGCGGGAGGCGAGUACGCUGAAGGCGACUACGCAGGUGACUAUGCUAAGGAAGACUACCAGGGGGAAUAUGCUGAGGGAGACUAUACAGGAGGCGAGUAUGCAGAAGGCAACUACCAAGGCGACUAUGCCGAGGGAGAUUAUGCAGAAGGCGGCUACCAGGGCGACUAUGCCGAGGGAGAUUAUGCAGGAGGCGAGUACACCGAAGGUGACUACCACGGCAACUAUGCCGAGGGAGAUUAUGCAGGGGGCGAGUACGUCGAGGGUGACUGCCAUGGCGAUUACGCCGAGGGCGUUGUUCAGGGCGAGUAUACGGAAGGCAACUACCCCGAGGCCGCUUAUGACGAAAACCAAGUGGAAGAAUCAGACAGCAUGGAGCCCUCUGGUGACCCUGAUGCAGAUAAAGGUGAGACAGGCGCUGAUCCAUGUGAGGACCAAGACACGACCUUCACUGCCCAAGACAAUGCGUCCCCUGAUGUCCCUGACCAAGAGCCUCAGGCUGAAGCUGAUAACGACGCUGAUGCCAAGGCAGAAACAUCGCCACAGGCGGAUAGAAAUGAGAAUGACCAGGAGAUUACGCCUGCUGCGCCUCCGGUCUUCCAUCGGGUGGAAUCUGCUGUCGGUCAGGACGGGCUCCUGUCGACAAUGCCAAUGCCCGCUUUAGAGCCCAUCGUUCCAUCAGCAACAGCCUCCAAGGCACCACCACCGCCCUCUGCAACGGCCUCUGCAGCUCAGGAUAAAGAGCCUGACGAGGACGAUGAUCUCGGUUUCGGUAACACCAGUCAUAAAAAGACGACGGCUUCCGAUAAAAACCACGCAGAGUCACAAGCGAAGGAGCCUCCCAAAGAACCAGAACCAAAGGCGAAGCCAGCGGAAAAGUCUUCGGGCAAUUCAUGGCUUGGUCGUCUGCUUGGCUCGCGAAGUUCCAGUGCUCAGCAGAAUGAGAAGGAGGGUAAGGCUGUGAGAGCGCAUCUAGGAGAAGAGACAUCUUUCUACUAUGACAAGGAGCUGAAACGCUGGGUCAACAAAAAAGCCGGCGCUGACAGCGCUGCCGCCCCUGCAGCGCUGCCGCCCCCGCCUAAGAAGCCGGCCAAUGCCCCCGCAUCAGACACCAAAAUAAGCAGCGGUAAUGAUGCAACAACCAAACAUACUGAAGGUGGACCACCGUCUAGCACAACAUCAACAACAUCAAGAUCGGCAGCACCUGAUACUGCUGCUGCGAAGGUCGGUCCUCCUGCCAAGACUACUUCUAGUGGUGGGGGAAGCAAGAGGAGGACAGGCAAACCGCGGUACAUUGUCGUGGACUAA